AGCGCCGAGCGGAGGCCGGAGAGUCCGGGUGAGGUGCUCAGGUACUAGAGUGCUUCGAGCUCUGCGGCGGCUACGGCGGAGAAGGACAGACAGAAGCGGAAUGGCGACCAGGACGGCGGUGGCGGCUGCGGCUGCGGCGGCCGUGUCGGUGGCGGCCGGGGACGGCCCGGGAGGGGACUCGCGCCUGGACCAGGCGGCCGCCCAGUGGCUUCGCUGGGACAAGAACCCUAAAACUUUAGAAAUGGUAAAACAGAUGAUUGCGGAUAAUAAUAGAGAAGAGCUGCAGAAAUGUUUUGGUUCCCGAAUGGAGUUUGGAACCGCUGGCCUUAGAGCUGCGAUGGGACCUGGAAUUUCACAGAUGAAUGAUUUAACUAUUAUUCAGACUUCUCAGGGAUUGUGUAGAUAUUUGGAAAAAAACUUCAGUGAUAUAAAGAAAAGAGGUGUGGUGAUUAGCUUUGAUGCUCGAGCUCACUCAUCCAGUGGAGGCAGCAGUAAAAGGUUUGCACAGCUAGCUGCAACAGCUUUUAUCAGUCAAGGAAUUCCUGUGUAUCUCUUUUCUAAUAUAACACCAACUCCCUUUGUGCCCUAUACCGUCUCACAUCUGAAUCUGUGUGCAGGAAUCAUGGUCACAGCCUCCCAUAACCCAAAGCAGGAUAAUGGUUACAAGGUCUAUUGGGAUAAUGGAGCUCAGAUCAUUUCUCCUCACGACAAAGGAAUCUCUCAAGCUAUUGAAGAAAAUCAGGAGCCAUGGACUAAAGCGUGGGAUGAUAGCAUAAUUAGUAACAAUCCACUUCUUCAUGACCCAUAUUCUACAAUCAAUAAUGAUUACUUUGAAGACUUAAAGAAAUACUGCUUUCAUAGAAAUGCCAACAGUUCAUCAACAGUGAAAUUUGUCCAUACUUCUGUUCAUGGUGUAGGCCAUGAUUUUGUACAGUCGGCUUUCAAGGCAUUUGACUUUGUUCCUCCUGAUGCUGUUCCUGAACAGAAAGCUCCUGACCCAGAGUUUCCAACAGUGAAAUACCCAAAUCCUGAAGAGGGUAAAGGUGUCUUGACAUUAUCAUUUGCUUUGGCUGAAAAAACACAGGCUAAAAUUGUUUUAGCAAAUGAUCCAGAUGCUGAUCGACUUGCAGUAGCAGAACAGCAAGAAGAUGGUGAAUGGAAAGUGUUUUCUGGAAAUGAGAUGGGGGCUCUUUUAGGCUGGUGGCUUUUUACCAAUUGGAAGGAAAAGAAUCAAGACCGAAAUCAAGAUCAAAAUGCUCUUAAAAACCUGUACAUGUUAUCCAGCACAGUUUCUUCAAAGAUCCUGAGAGCCAUUGCCUUAAAGGAAGGUUUCCAUUUUGAGGAAACGUUAACUGGCUUUAAAUGGAUGGGAAAUCGAGCCAAACAACUAAUAGAACAGGGGAAGACUGUUCUAUUUGCAUUUGAGGAAGCUAUCGGGUACAUGUGCUGUCCUUUUGUUUUGGACAAAGACGGCGUCAGCGCUGCUGUUAUAUGUGCAGAAUUGGCCAGUUAUCUUGCAACUAAGAAGUUGUCUCUGGCACAGCAACUGAAAGCCAUCUACGUUGAAUACGGUUACCAUAUUACCAAGGCUUCAUAUUUUAUUUGUCACAACCAAAAUAUCAUCAAAAAUUUAUUUGAAAACCUUAGAAACUAUGAUGGAAAAAACAAUUACCCGAAGACUUGUGGUAAAUUUGAAGUUUCCGGAGUUAGGGAUCUUACCACGGGCUAUGAUAGCAGCCAACCUGACAAAAAAGCCAUUCUCCCUACGAGUAAAAGCAGCCAAAUGAUCACUUUUACUUUUACUAAUGGAGGAGUGGCCACCAUGAGGACCAGCGGGACGGAGCCCAAAAUCAAGUACUACGCCGAGCUCUGCGUGCCGCCCGGAAACAGUGACCACGAACAGCUAAAGAAAGAACUGGAUGAUCUUGUCAGUGCCAUCGAAGAACACUUCUUUCAACCAGAAAAAAAUAAGUUACAGCCUAAGUCAGAGUAAAUUUUUACUAUACUGUUCAAAAUUAUACUUAACCUGCAUUUAUCUUGUAACUUAUAAAGCACUAUUUUUCGAGACCAAAUAAUGCAAAUUGUGACUUAAGAUGUUUACAUUUUUACAGAUAGUCAUUUCUUACUGUCUCCAGUUUGAUGUUUUUUAUAAAUGGGAAAGAACCACCUGUAUGAAUAGUAAAACAUUAGUCUUUUCAAAGCCUUGAAGUGUAGGAUUAUCCGAACUAAGUGCAAAGUUCCUUCUAAAGGUUCAGAUGAUACUGCAGUUUAAAUGCCUUAAUUUGCAUAAAUGACUGUUUUCUUGAUGUAGACUUUAUCUCCUCUCCCUCUACUUCUCAAUCCUAGUUAAAUGAAAAAUAACCAAAAGCAGAGUUACUUACUUUGAAAGAGGGCAGUUCCUGCUUGUUUUGUAGGAUGGCAAAUCUUAGUUGCUAAGUAUUUUUAGGCUUACAUAUUAAGUAUAAAGCUACUUAAAAUGUGAAAGGAGAGAAGAAAAUAAUUAUUCACAAUCAGAAGAUUGUGUGGUUUGGGGAGACAUAAUACGGUUUGCUCAAACUGAGUGUAUUCUUCAAAGUGUUUGAAAAGUAGUUAUUAACUAUCUUUAUUUCAAAGACACUAUUGUAUGUUGCAUAGAUUCAAAAAGCAUAUCAACAUUUUUUAUGUUCUUUUAAAAUAAAAUCUAAUUGUUUACUGUUUGUGCAA